CAGAAGGGUGUACCGUGUCGCACAGUGCACUAGCUGGACAGGGACGCAGCUUGCAGGGGGCGAAGGAGCUAUUAGGUAGUAGCAAAGUUUGUAGCAGCCAAACUUCGAUUGUUGCCCCUUGCGUAUAAUAUCUACAGAACCGUCGCUUGAUAUCGUUGGGAUUCGGAGACUGCGAGGUCGACCUACAACUUGUAGGCUGUUCCUGAGAACGCCAAUGAACGAAUAAGGGUUGCUCCCUCUCAGAGUCCUGCGCAUGUUCUCAGCGCUGAGAAAAAGCGCGCUGAAAACACCGUCAAAAGCGUUGGGUUGUCUUUGGGGCCUUGAACCUACCUGAGCGUCAGACAAACCCCUCCCAGGAGCUCAUCCUCACCAUGUCAGCACCAAUCAGGCCCCUACUGGCAUUCUUCCUCCUCUCCUCAUUUCUGCUACCCCUAGUUUUUGCUGAGACCAGUUUCCGCUUUACCGCACCCCCGCUGCAAUGCAGCUUACUAACUGUAGGGGCGGCAGACACCGACACCGCGUUCUUGGGGACAUUCUUCGCGGCCGAUGAAGCCGCGGCAACUAGAUGCGUGACCAUCGGCGGGCCGCAGGUGAUGGUCGUAGCGUCCGGGGGGGACCCGGGCGCCACGACGUCGAACCUGCUCGUCCCAACGAGGGUUGGCAACACGAUCAACCGGAGGUUGCUCAGCAUUGUAGGCGGGAGCGAAACCAGUGCUCGGGGCUGGUUCUCCUCUAUUCUGCUGAGAAGUUUCGCGCACUUGACGAGCGCUCCGGCGCCGCUUUUGGGUCGGGCACCGCUCCAUGCGCGCCGACCAAUCACCGGGCUCUUUGAGGAAGAAGAGGCGGGUCCUCUUGAGGACGUAUUCCAGGGGGGGAGUUUUGGGUGGGAAACCGGGGGGGGUUCCCCGAGUGGUGCACUUCAGGGGGGUCCAUCUGGGGUGCAUUUGAGGGGGGGACGCGCAAUGCUGCAGGGGAGUGUGGCGGACGCCGGGGGGCGCCAGCAAACGUCGUUCUUUACGUGUCCCUCGCUGCCAUCCGCGUUCUGGAACGUUUCGGGGGGGCCGUUUCCUGACCCGAGGUCGCUGCCAUCCUCGUUGGUAAACGGGAGUUUUCUGCUCAGCGCGGCGUGCCAGAACAAGUUGCGGAGCACGCUCUUCUUGUACAACAGGUGCCAGAGCGCCAUCCCGCUGACGUUCCAGAUCAUGCAGUCGUCCACCGAGUACUGCGACCUGUACAACUUCCAGCGCUACUUCAGCAACACGCUCUUCGUGCGCGUGAUCGUCAUGGUGGGGGGGGUCCUCGCGUGCGUCCUCGUCGUCUUCUCCCUCGGCUGCCUGAUCGGCAUAUGCCGCAACCGGCGGCUCGCGCGUGCGCGCGUGCGGCGAAACCUCGCGCACAUGUCGGCAUCUCGAGUCGGGGGGGGAAGUUUGCUGCGGUUCGUCCCCCCUGGCGGGGUGCGCGCGCGGGUGGUCGACGUUCCGAUGUACGAGGUGAAUCUAGACCCCGGGAAAGAGACCGGGGGCGACGAGGCGUGCGUGGUUGGCAAAGACGGGCGGUCGUUUGUGGUUGUGAUCCAACCCGGAAUGAGCGAGAACCCGAGUGUGGAAACGCUGGCGAUGAGCGGGGCGAUCAGUAUCGCGACCGAGGACGUUCGGCACAGUUCGCGGGUUGCGGCGGGGGCCGAGUCGAGUCAAGCCGGGAGGGUGUCGCCAGUCGAAGGGAGCGGGGAGUCGAGCCAAGUCGUUCGGGCGGUGCCGGUAGAAGGAAGUCGGGAAACUAGAGUGGCCACUGAAGAGUCGGCCGACGGGGGAUCCCCGGCGAUUAUAGAGAUGUUGCCGGUUAGGGACGGGGAGUCUCGGUGACCGUUUUGAGCGUCCGUAAGUGGGAGGCGUUCGGGGGAUGAAUGCAGCGGCUGCGAAAAUCUUCGAACGGACACUUCCGGCGUUGCAAGCCCGUGGGCAGGUGUCGGAUGGCUCAUUCACAAGGACAGUCGAACGAAGGGCGAACGAAGGUUGUGCGACGGUCUGGUGCGAUGUACAGGAAUGUAAGUCAAGUUAAGCCCCAUGGAAAGUCAAGGCGGUUUCCUAAGCUCGCUGUUGAAGUGCGGCUGCGGCCCUGGUCUAUAAUAGCUGCAAGCGAUAGCAAACGGUAAUCUAGAAGUUUUGUAAUGUUGCCACGCUAAUUUUCAAUGUUGAUCAUGUUGUCACCAGCAGUGACGAUUCAAGUUGUGCUGCGCUUGUGUCGACCAAAAGCUCGAGAAGAUAGUCAGACUCAGCG